UCUAUAUUUUCUGUUUCAGGUAGCAAAAAUCCGUGCCUGGAGGGCUGUGAAAGAAAAUUUAAAGCCUCUGAAAAGGUUGCUGACGAAGAAAACCUACUCGCAAGGAAGAGAUGCUCACGAUCCUUGGCACUCUCCGUUUGGUCGCUUUCUGCUGGCUGGCCGUGAUCACCAACGGUCAGCAUGGGAUGUCGAAACUCUAUCCAGAUCCUCACGGUUCGAGAAGGCCAUAUGACCCAAAUGUGUUGAGAGAUCCGCCGAAGAUAACGGAAAGACCGAAGAACCAGCAGGUCCGAGCAGGUGGAAUCGCGGCGUUCUACUGCGAGGCCAAAGGCGACCCGCAGCCGCUCAUCUUCUGGAAGAAAAAUGGAAAAAAGGUCUCGUCGACGCAGUCGCGCUACGCCGUUGAAGAAUACCCGAACGGUUCUAUGCUUCGCAUUGAGCCCGUCCGGCCCAUCAGAGAUGAUGCGACGUACGAGUGUGUCGCCGAAAACGGCGUAGGAGACGCAGUGUCCGCAGAAGCAACGCUCACCGUCUAUGAAAGUGAGAAGCUACCGAGUGGAUUUCCGAGGAUAACCCAGUCUCCGACGACCAAGGUGGUUGAGAUAGGGCACACGGCCCUCCUCCUAUGUUCUGCAACGGGCAACCCCCAGCCGGUCAUCCGGUGGGUCAAGGCCAAUCUGCCGGUCAAGAUUGGCAAAGAUCCCCGUUACACGAUUCUUACAGAUUCUCACGUCCAAGGAGCCCUGCAGAUCACGAACACAGUCGAGGACGAUCUUGGCCGGUACGAAUGCGUUGCUGAAAACGAAGUUGGAACGGAGUAUUCCCAGUCGACAAUGCUGUACGUCAAAGUUCGUCGAGUCCCUCCGCAGUUUUCAAUCCCACCACCUUCGCUUGUUGAAGUGAUGCUUGGAGCUGACUACAACUUGACUUGUGUUGCUGUCGGAUCACCCAUGCCGUAUGUCAAAUGGCGAAAGGAGCCGGCUCAGGACAUGACGCCAGAUGACAAACUCCCCAUCGGAAGGAAUGUCCUUGAGCUGAAGGGCAUUCAGGAGUCUGCAAACUACACCUGCAUCGCUUCAACAGCCCUCGGGAUCAUUGAGACAGUCUCAUAUGUCAAAGUUCAAUCACUGCCGAGCGUUCCGACAAGCCUGACUUUCUCCGAUGUGACUGCAACGUCAGUUCGACUCUCUUGGUCGUUCCCGACUAACGAAGAACUCCAGUACUUUGUGCUUCAGUACAAGCCUAAAUAUGCCAACCAGGCUUAUUCGGAAAUCUCUGGAAUCAUCACGACCUACUACACUGUACGAAAUCUAAGCCCGUAUACAGAGUAUGAGUUUUUUAUUAUCGCUGUCAACAAUCUUGGAAGAGGACCGCCCAGUAGCCCCAUCAUCGUACCUACUGGUGAAACUGGCGAUAUCCACAAUGAAGGUGCAAAACCAGGCACCGCGCCUAGAAACGUCCAGGUGAGGCCGUUGAGCUCGAGUACAAUGGUGAUACAGUGGGAUGAGCCUGAGACGCCCAAUGGGCAGGUCAUCGGUUACAAAGUCUACUAUACGAUGAACCCUCAGCAGCCAUUAAACAAGUGGGAAUCUCGAGUCGUAGACAACAACCAGCUGACGACAAUAAGCGAGCUCAUUCCGCAUACAAUUUACACAAUCCGCGUUCAGGCUUCGACAAGCGUAGGACCUGGCCCUUUGAGCGCACCCACGCUUGUCAAGACGCAGCAAGGAGUUCCGAGUCAACCUGGGAACCUGCAUACAACAGACAUCGGUGAGACAUCCGUAUCACUUGCAUGGUCAAAGCCAAACCAUGCAGGAGAGAACAUCGUCAGCUAUGAGCUUUACUGGAACGAUACUUAUGCCAAGGAAAAGAACCAUCGUAGGAUACCGAUUUCAGAGUCGUACACUUUGACAAACCUAUAUCCAAACACUCUUUACUACAUAUGGCUUGCCGCUAGGUCACAACGUGGCGAAGGCGCCACAACGCCACCGAUACAUGUCAGGACUAAGCAGUACGUGCCAGGAGCUCCCCCUCAGAAUGUUAGCGGUGAGGCCGUCGGCCCAACUUCGAUCCGAGUCUCUUGGAAACCGCCUCCAGCCGAUCGGAGCAACGGACGGAUAAUCUACUACAAACUACAGUUCGUCGAAUCGGGGCGGAGCGAUUCCGAAGGGACCAUCACGAAACUGAACCAAACUUCAAUACUCCUGGACGAGCUGAAGCGAUGGACUGAAUACAGAAUUUGGGUACUGGCAGGGACGUCGGUCGGCGACGGGCCCCCUUCCUACCCAAUCACCGUCCGCACCCAUGAAGACGUACCCGGUCACCCACAAGAAGUCAAAGUGAAACCGUUGAAUUCCACUGCAAUACAUGUACAGUGGAAACCACCUGCUGAGAAAAACCGCAACGGUGUCAUCAGAGGAUACCACAUUCAUUUGCAAGAGACUAAGGAAGAGGGUAAUAAUAAAGUGAAUCUAAACGAACCGAUGAAAUUUGAUGUCCUCGAUGGUGCCAUGCUUGAAAUGAACAUAACCGGCCUUCAACCAGACACAAUGUAUAAUGUACAGGUUGCAGCUUUAACAAGGAAAGGAGAUGGAGAUAGAAGUGAACCCGUCAGCAUACGCACACCUGGAGGAGUACCAAACAGGCCAACUGUCACAAUAAAAGUCUUAGAUCGUGAUCCUGAAGUGAGUGUGGAGUUGGAAUGGUCCCGCCCUACGCAGACAUAUGGGGAUCUUUUAGGCUACAGGCUGCGCUACGGGGUCAAAGACACCCCUCUAAAAGAGAUCACGCUUCAAAUCACAUCCCAUAAAAUAUCAAAUCUCGAACGAGGUGUCGAGUACGAGUUCAGGGUCGCUGGACAGAAUCAGAUUGGGUUUGGACAAGAGUCAAUCAAAUACCUUUUUACACCAGAAGGCGCUCCGACAGGGCCACCGGUCAACCUUUCCCACACCUUCCAGACGCCAGAUGUGGUUUGCGUGACGUGGGAUCCUCCAGAAAGGCCUAACCGAAAUGGACAAAUCGUUCGCUAUGAUGUACAGUUUUCUAAAAAGUUGGAUCAAUCGACACCAAUCGAGAGGAACACAACGCACACAAAAGCCGUGUUCUCUGAUUUGGAGGAGAACACCGAGUACAUUUUUAAAGUGAGAGGUCACACAAAAUCUGGUCCCGGCCCUUGGUCAGACAAGGCAACCAUCAAGACCGAACGGGACAUCGUCAGGGCACCGAUGGGUGUAAAGGCCGUGGCGACGUCCGAUCAGAGCGUCGAGGUCUGGUGGGAAUUAGUCCCUUCAAGGACGUCCAUAAUAGCUUACAGAAUAUUUUAUACAAUGACGGCCGUCGAGGAUCUCGACCAGUGGCAGUUCAAGACGGUGCCCGUGACAGAGUCGGCAGAUUUGGUCAACCUUGAAAAAUACGCGCAGUACGCGAUCGCUGUCGCGGCUGUUACUAAAUUAGGCCUGGGACGCCUCUCGGAAAAGGUCACUGUGAAAGUCAAGCCUGAAGAUGUUCCUCUGCAACUCCGUGCUCAUGACGUUAGCACACAUUCAAUGACACUUUCUUGGUCGCCACCGAUACGACUCAACCCCAUUAAUUAUAAGAUUUCAUACGAUGCCGUAAAAGAGUUUGUCGACUCACAAGGAAUAACGCAGAUUCAGGUUGUUACAAAGCGAACGGCCCUUCUUGAGCCGCAUGUCAGGACUCACACGAUACACGAACUCUCGCCUUUCACAACCUAUUCGGUCAACGUAUCAGCGACGCCGACCGAUCACAGGUAUCGACCUCCAGCCAGGAUCACUGUGACUACCCAGAUGGCCGCUCCGCAGCCGAUGGUCAAGCCGGACUUUUAUGGUGUCGUCAAUGGUGAAGAGAUACAAGUAAUAUUGCCCCAGGCGUCCGAAGAAUACGGGCCCAUCAGUCAUUAUUUCCUUGUCGUUGUUCCACAUGACAAGCACACAAUGGACAAACAACCAGACCAGUUUCUAACAGAUGUUUUGAUCGCAAAUUCGAAAAAUCCGAAAAUAGAUGGAGAACACAUUCCUUACAUCGCCGCAAAAUUUUUACAGCGCAACAUCCCGUACACAUUCCAUCUUGGAUCGGGCGAUGUGUACGACGGUUUUGUAAAUAGAAAAUUAGAUAGAGGUGUCAAAUACAAAAUAUUCGUCCGAGCUGUCGUCGAUACACCACAAAAACAUUUAUACACUAGCAGCCCAUUUUCUGAACUGCUUGCGCUCGAUAUGCGAGAGGUACCACCUGGUGAUCCGCCGAGACGGCCUAAUCCUGACGUAUCUAAUGAAGGCUCAAAAGAUGUGUUGGUUGACAAAAGCAUCAAACAGGCAUCAAUUUUUUUGUGGCUCGGUCCUAUUAUAGCUUCCUUCAUACUCUCAGUCUGCCUCGUUUUAUUUUUUAUUAUUAAAAAGCGACGCCAGCCUUGUAAGUCACCGGAUCAAGGGGCGGUGACGAGACCGCUGAUGUCCGGAGGUGAAAUAACAGCUCCUUCUCAUCCGUCUGACCCGGUCGAAAUGCGCCGUUUGAACUUUCAAACGCCAGGGAUGAUCUCACAUCCUCCGAUUCCGAUAAGCGAAUUAGCAAACCACAUCGAACGCCUAAAAUCUAAUGACAAUCUUAAAUUUAGCCAAGAAUAUGAGUCAAUAGAACCAGGGCAGCAGUUUACAUGGGACCACAGCAACAUGGAGGUGAACAAGCCCAAAAACCGGUACGCCAAUGUAAUCGCUUAUGACCAUUCGCGCGUAAUACUUCAGCCGAUUGAUGGAAUCCCUGGCAGCGAUUAUAUCAACGCGAAUUACUGCGAUGGCUAUCGGAAGCACAAUGCAUACGUAGCGACACAGGGACCAUUAGUCGAUACGUGCUCAGACUUUUGGAGAAUGGUCUGGGAGCUCAGGUCUUCCACUAUUGUCAUGAUGACCAAGCUGGAGGAACGAGCAAGAAUAAAAUGCGAUCAAUACUGGCCUUUAAGGGGUACUGAAACUUAUGGAAUGAUUACUGUGACCCUCAGCGAUGUUCAAGAACUUGCCACUUAUUGCAUCAGGACAUUUCAUAUCAAUCGCGGUGGAAGUUGUGAGAGGCGUGAAGUUAAGCAGCUGCAGUUUACAGCUUGGCCAGAUCAUGGUGUUCCUGAUCACCCAGCCCCUUUUCUACAGUUUUUGCGUCGUGUACGAUCCUGCAAUUCCGCUGAAAUAUCAGGCCCUCCCGUCGUCCAUUGCAGCGCAGGGGUCGGCCGUACAGGCUGCUUCAUCGUUAUAGAUUCAAUGAUCGAACGUAUGAAAUCAGAAAAGUCCAUCGAUAUUUAUGGCCAUGUCACUUGUUUGCGUGCCCAAAGGAAUUACAUGGUGCAAACCGAGGAUCAAUACAUUUUUAUCCAUGAUGCAUUACUUGAAGCCGUUCAGUGUGGAAAUACCGAAGUCCCAGCUCGCAACCUUCACUCACAUAUUCAAAAAUUAACUCAGCCUGAGCCAGGUGACAACAUAACAGGAAUGGAGUUAGAAUUCAAAAGAUUAUCCAAUAUAAAGACGGAUUCGACGAGAUUCCACACUGCAACACUUCCUGUCAAUAAGCAUAAGAACCGCCUAGUCCACAUUUUACCAUUAGAAAGCACACGAGUUUGCCUACAACCGGUGCGAGGUGUAGAAGGUUCGGAUUACAUCAAUGCCAGCAUCAUUGAUGGCUAUCGUCAAAGAUGUGCCUACAUAGCGACUCAAGGGCCACUCCAGGAGACGACAGAAGACCUCUGGAGAAUGCUCUGGGAGCAUAACUCGACCAUUGUAGUAAUGCUCACAAAACUCAAGGAAAUGGGUAGGGAAAAGUGUCAUCAGUACUGGCCCUCGGAACGUUCCGUGCGUUACCAGUGUUUUGUAGUCGAGCCCAUAGCGGAGUACAAUAUGCCACAGUACAUCCUAAGAGAGUUCAAAGUCACUGACGCCCGUGAUGGUUCGUCUCGCACUCUCAGGCAGUUCCAGCUGACUGAAUGGCCAGAACAAGGCGUUCCCAAAAGUGGAGAGGUUUUCAUCGACUUCAUCGGCCAAGUCCACAAAACGAAAGAACAAUUUGGACAAGACGGUCCAAUAACUGUACACUGCAGUGCGGGAGUUGGACGAACGGGGGUUUUUAUCACUUUGAGCAUAGUUUUAGAAAGAAUGCAAUAUGAAGGCGUUGUAGAUAUUUUCCAGACAGUGAGAAUACUCAGAACUCAAAGGCCAGCCAUGGUCCAAACUGAGGAUCAGUACGAAUUUUGUUACCGAGCCGCUUUGGAAUACCUUGGUUCAUUCGACCAUUAUGCAGCUUGAAACAAGCGGCCUGCCGGCCCGCCGUGCCAUACAAGGGAGAAGUUUAUAUAACGGAAACUGCUGUUUUCUUAAUUUGUACAUUAAGUUUUUUUUUUUUAACUUUACGUUUAUUUUACUACAAGACUGAAAGGUUAAAAAAAUAAUAAUUAGUGCAAAGGAUUUUUUAGUACUUAGUUUUAUUAUUCAAUAUUAAUUACUUUUACCUGAAAUUACAAAUAAUUAUAGUAACUUUUUUUUAGCUUUAAGUAAUAUUAAUCAUAGUCAAAGAGAGAAAAAAAAAUUAAAUAUCAGUAAUGAAAUCAUAUCAUAAUGAGAAAAAAAUAUUCGAAAACAAGUUUGUAUGAAUUAGUUGAGCGUGUUUUUUUUACUUUUUUAUGAGAAAAUAAUGUUUAAAAAAAGAAACAUUUUUAAGAAAAAAUGUAUAUCAACGAAUAAUAAUAAUAAUAGUUAUAAUAAAAUUUUAAUAAUUACAUAUAACUUAUGUACUUCGGACAGGCAGUGUAAUUAUAAAAGUAAAAGUAAAACAGCAAUUUUUUUUUACAAUUGUAGUCUGGCAUUGAACAUUGAGCAUAAGUUGAUUUAAAAAAAAGACUUCUUGCAUAAAUCAUUUUUAAAUUUUGAUAUGCUGUCAAGGGAAAAAAUUCAUUAUAGAAUCAUAGCUUAUCAUACGCUGCUUCAUUUGCUUUCCUGCUUGGUUUUUGUCUAGAAUUUCUGUUAAGAUUUCAUUAGAUAGAAAUGACAGCAAGGAAAUAGGUUUUAUAAAUUCGUUAGGUGGAAAUAGGUCUGUAUAAAUCAUAUUAUUCAAUAAUUAUCAUGAUCCCAAAACUUUCCUAAACAACCUAACGAAUUCAUACAGACCUUACUCUCAUUUCUAUUUAAAGUUUUACAGAAAACUCUCAUUAGUCUGUCCCCUCCUAAACUCCCAAAAUAUCAUAUCAGAACAUUUUGGCUUCUGUUCACUUCACAGCACCAUUCUACUGGGUCAUUGAGUGGUAGACAUCAUCUUUUCCGCCUUGAGCGAGGAGAGUAUUGUCCCGGUGUAUUUCUUGAAGUGGCGCAAGCCUUCGAUCUAGUCUUGCACCCGGGACUUCUCUCCAAGUUAAAGGCUCUUCUCCCCUCAACCUUCUACCUGAUCCUAAGAUCCUACUUGUCCGAUAGGCAAUACCAAGUCAGACAAGGUACAGAUCUUUCCUCUUUCUUCGUUUUCUUACCUUACUUAUACUUUCAUCACAUCAAAACACAGAUAGAGCUGCCUCCAGCAUCCAGUCCUAUCUAAACAAUAUCCAUCAAUGGACCACUACAUGUAGAAUAAAAAUUAAUCAAAAUAAAUGCAUCGACACAACCUUUACCCUCUGCCGACGACAUUUCCAGCACUCUUCUUUAGCAACAUACUUAUACAAAUUUCUGUCAUAGUAAAAUAUCUAGGCACGUUUCUCGAUGAAAAACUGACAUGGAACCACCACACUAAACUGAAAAGAAAGGAACUUGUCAAAUGAUAUAAACUACACAAACACACAAGACACACUAGACAAACAUUCAAAACAUUCCGUCACUAACAAACUUUUAAUAUACAAGACUUUACUCUUACUCAUCUGGAUCUAUGGAAUAGAUGCUAAACUGUUUUCCAAUAUAAUUCGGCCACUUGAGUCAAAAAUUCUCCAUAAGAAUUUAUUAUGUCUCGAACUUUACCAUGCUGACCUCAAAUUCCUUUUUCCAAAAACCUGCCAGAAAGGAUGACCUAUCCCGUUACAAAGAACUCCAUACCUCCAUAAGUAUCACACUAACCCAUUUGUACAACAAAUAUGCUCCCUGCAAAAUCCUGCUGGGUCAAUGCACCAUCUAAAAUGACAGUAACCAAGAGACCUACUUAAUGACCACUAUGUUAGGUCGUCAUUGGGCGAAUUACCUUCGUAUGUAUGUAAAUGUGUAAACAUCUUUGUAUAUGAUUUUUUUAUUAACUGUUAAUUUUAUUAAUUAACAUAAUAUAUAUCAUUUGUUUGUUGCAUCUAGUGUAAAUUUAUAAUUUGCGCCGAUGUUGAUUUUUGAUUUGUUUAAAUUAAAUUUUUCCUUGAUGGUAAAAUUGCAAGAAUGUUGAUUUUUAAAUUUCAUAAAGCCUAGGCUCUACCACAAACAAAGCGGACACAUUUUCGACUUAGGGCCUCAUUAAUAUUUUAAUUUUCCAAUAGACUUACUUUUUUCUUUUUUUUUUUUUUUU